AUGAGCGACACGAAUUGCUGCUCGGUGGGUGAGUUGGCGGAGUACUGGCGGAUAUCGAAUGGGAAAGAGGCUGGUGAUUCCAGCCGUCAUCCGAGGGGCUGUCUUGUUGACGUUUGUUGUGUGACUCUGUACGUGAGAGGCUUUGCUGUAUCGCACGCUGACCGAGGAAGGAAAGAAUUCGAUCUGCGUCUAUCCUGGAAGGGCAAUCCCGAUUGUGGUCGGGACGCGCCUGGACGCGUUAAGCCCCUCCUGAAUCUCAGCGCGAAAGUUGCUCCAGAUCAACUUGGCUUAGUCAUCCAAUUAAUCACCACUACCCAAUCCUCACAUUACCACAUUCAACCUCACUCUUCCAUGCAGCGCGUCAAAGGGUCCAUGUUACUCAAUCACCGUCAUUGGCUGCGGACCGUCCACGUUCACCACGUAGCUCCUCUCUUUUGCAGAAAGAGCCUGCGCCUCGAUGCAAUGUCGUCGAAGGAGAAGCUGUUCGUUCGCCUCAUGUUGGGCGGGGGGAUUGACUAUCUGCAGUCGACCCCAAUAGCAACCUUUUAG